AUGCCAAAUACUAGCAGGCCGCGGUGUGUAGGACGACCGUCACGAACAAGGAGUGGCAAAACUUAUUCGGCAACAUCGAACUCAGCUUUGACUGCUGCUCAACCUGUCGCGCGUUUUAGGCGCCAAAAAAGUGCUGGACAGAAAUCGCUCGCAACUGGAGACGUCAACGAUGAUAUCGUUCUUAUUAAGAGAGUUGCUGAAAAUACUACGGCUUCAUUUGUACCAAUAAAAAUUGACAAUAACCGCAGUGCAGAAACUUUUACCCUGCCAACAUGUAACUGGGGGGAGGCGAUUAAAGCAGCAGUUCGUUCUUCGGAUAGCACAGAAAUUCUGAACGCUCUUGCACUGGGCAUCAUUAUCAAGGAGGCUUCAGUUCUUUCUCCAGUCAAUCUGGCCGCAUUCGCUCAGCUCGUCUUCAAUCUUUUGGGAGUGGAGACGUCAAUUAACAUCUUUGGCCUUGACUACAACUCCUUUAGCUCCAUGCUGAUAGGCCGUCUUCCGGAGAACGGUUUGCAUGCACUUACACUGGAUUCGCGUAAAGUGAGCAUGCUUAAAAUCACAAAGUUCAUAGACACAAUAACUGAAGCAGUCGACGAAGUCUGCGAACAGUUAAGGACGCGUAAUGAUUUGUCGAAAGGAGAGAUGGAGAUUGAAAAGGACUUGUCAUCUGAUGUACAUCAGUUAAUAACAUCUCGCUACGUAGAGACAAUGAUGAAGCUGGCAGACAAGUGCAACGAGGCCGUUGACGUACACUUAGAAGUUAUCGCUGAUCGCUUCCAUCUUCUCUUGUACGGAUGGGAUUCUUUUCUUCAACAAGGCGGAGUUUUGCGCGUGCGGUUGCAGCUCUCUCCAGGCAAAUCUCACCCAGGAAUAGUUGACAUCACCACUGGUUGGCUAGAUCAAAUAGAUGCGGUUCUAUCUCGAGCGCAAGCAACAUUGUCCACAAGGACGUCGGCUUUCGCCGUUUCAUUAGCUCAGGAAAAGAAUGUCAUGAGCAAGAUUUGGCACAAAAUGACUGCUCAAACCAGCUCCUCGUGUGAUGACGAGUGA